AUGGCACAGGUUGUGGAGCAAGAUUUCUUCGGCGGGGCCAUCCGAGGCGUUGUGCCGCAGCGCUGGAUCGAUGCAAGCGAUCUCCGCGAAAUCCCAGACCAUCAAGAAAUCUUUCUCUCACCCGAAACACUCUCCAACCUGAUCGUCGAGAUCAACCAGCGCGUGAGCAAGGAGGACGCCCUGAGCACUCUCGCCGCGCUCAGCCACCAGCACCCAACACUCGCAGCCACCAGUGGCAAUGCCACCAGCGCAACACCCGAAGCACUCGACCAAGCUGCCACUCUGUACCAUCUGCAUGACCUCUGCGACGAGGGCGAUGCUAUGCAGAUCGUAACCUCGCCACAGCGGGUAAAUCUCGCCCGUUUGGGCGCAUCUGCACCACCUGGCAGCGUGAUCAUUGCCUACAGAGGUGUUGUGGAGUUCACUACUGCGUCGCGCAAGCGCGGUGGUGCGCGAACUGCUGAUGGGACUAAUGCGUCAGCGGCGGAUUCGGCGGUUUCCGGGGCGUCGGUUGAUGGGGACGCGCCGUUGAGCUCGAGGUUGACGUGUCAUUAUUUACUUGUGAGGCUUGAGAAGCAAGAGACUGAUCUGUUGGUCUUCUUUAAUGUGCCGCAUGAGGAGUUUGAUAAGGGCGGGGAUGUGCGGGAACUGUCAAGGGAGGAGAAAGUUGCGGAGGAGACUGUGGCUGCGAUGGUUGAGAAGUUGGAGAUUCGGGACUGGGGGCUUUUUGUUUGA